AUGGCCACACGCCCUCCUGGGACAGCCCAGGACCUAAUGUGGCUCAGUCCAGAGCAGAGGGUCACACCUGGCCGUCCAGAAGCAACCUUCAGUUUGAGCCUCCAGGUGGCCCAUCUCGUCUGGGUGGCUGGGAUCACCCUGCCCUCCAGGACCGGCAGCGGGGCUCCCGCCCGAGGCAGUGGGAGGAGGACAGCAAGGCCGGAGAAGACCACAGGAGGGGCAGGGGCUGCCCGGGUCACACCGGGCAGGGCAGAGGCGGCAGCAGACGGAGGUGGCCAGAGUCAUUCUGGGUCACAGGGGCCAGGGCCACCCUGGCAGAGGCCUUUCCCCACGGCUUGUCACAGCCCACGUCUCAGUGGUGCCCGUGGGCCAGGAGGAGCCGCGCAGCCCUGCGGGCUCAGCUACCUCUUGGACCGUUUCCCUGACCCUCACUUUACAGAGGCAGCAGAAUGGCGGGGUUCUCCUGGAGUGUGUGCCAUUGGUGCCAGGAAGACCAGGCCAAGAGUCCAGGAGAGCCGCAGGAGACCCGCAGGUCUUCAGGUGAGCCAGAUGUGGGGCUGCACGGUGGCAGCUCAGGACAUCAGGGACAGCGCCAGCUCCUGUGCGUCCUCGGGAGGACUUCAGCCGCACAGGCUCCGUGCCACCCUGCAGCUGCGAUGGCCUGGUCAGCAGCCCGACCAGAUGGAGUCCAGGGCAGCUUGCCACACGACUGGGGGUGGCAGCAGAUCUAGCCAGGUGGACCAGCACCCUGCAUCCGGGGCCGCCCCGCUGAGCCCCAGCCAGCCUGCUCGUACCCUCCUGCGUGGAGCGGGGUCCAGCUCAGGCAGGAGCUGCCCUCCCUCCCCCGGGAAGCAUCCUUUCUACUUUUUCUCAUUCUCCACCCCUCAUGCCACUUGCUCUGCCAUUUUAAGUAGUUGUUUCAAUAAAAAGUGA